AUGACAACUAUUGUUCGUAUACUCGCAUAUGGUUGUGCAGCCGAUCACUAUGAUGAGUAUAUUAAAAUCGGCAAGAGCACUGCCAUUAAAUGCUUGAAGGCAUUUUGUGAUGCUAUUGCUGCUAUGUAUACAGAGGAGUAUAUGUGCCCACCCAACGAAGCCGACAUAGCACGACUGCUUGAAAAAUGGGAGCAGAGAGGAUUUCCGGUUGCCUUACAAGAUUUGUGGAUCUGGCAUGCAUUAUUUGGAAUGCCGGGUUCCCACAAUGAUAUAAAUGUGUUAGAUCAUUCCCCGACCAUCCCGCACCCAACCACUGGAAAAGAAAAAUUGUUUGCUCAGCGACAAGAGGCAUGCAGGAAAGAUGUGGAACGGGCUUUUGGGGGUAUUGCAAAUCAAGUGGGGAAUAACGCAAGGACCAAUGAGCGUCACGCAAAUGUUGGAAGAUUGACUCCGCCACUGGAGGAUGCAAUCCCGAUUCUUACUUUAAGUCGAUGGCCAUCGGUUUUAGUGACACACAUAUUUUCUCGCCAACUUCAGAUUCGUAACAAAGAGACAAAUACGCGGUUGAGAAAUGAUUUGACGAAAAAUUUGUGGAACCGUUAUGCUGAUGAAUAUGUUUAA